GCGGUCAUGUCGCGCGGAUCUCCUGCUGGAUCCUCUGCGGGGCUCCCACACCAGAUGAGCUCGGAGUCGCAGCGUUGAGCGCCUCUCCUCAUUCUACACACCGGGGCUGGCCGUUUGAAUGGCAGAAGAGGGUGAUGUUGAGCGAGAGAGAAAGAGGACACAUGCGUCGGAAUGACACAGGGUUUCACCCCACUGAUCCCAUUCCUGCUGCUGCUUCUUAUGGGAUUUGCAAUGGCUGGUCUCCAUCUGUGGCCCUCAGUGCACAUUGCUCUGAGCAAUGCUAGCGUUUUUGUCAACUAUGACGCAGAUGGCAACAUCACGGACAUUGAGCUGGCCGUUGCUUUGGUGGACAUUGAUAAGAAUGUAACCGUGCUGACCAAGCCUCUCCCAUUCAACCAGUCUGAGGGCUCACUGGAGUUUGACUGCACAUGCUUCUUGUAUGCUGGAAAUUUCAGCUUCAGGUUAGAGCAAACAGCUCAACAGGGCUCGACCAACAGGACGUUCAGCCGGAGGUGGAGCCCAAUACUGCGGGUUCAGUGGCCCACUUUCCAUCUUGGAGUAGAGCGCGCUCGCAACAACCACAGCUCUGAUGCAUUUCAAAUUGCUGUGUCCACUAAUGAUCACUUCCACGCCUGCCCCAGCAGCAAGACCUCAUCCCUCUAUCUGGAGGUCAGCUACCUGGAGCACAACCAGAUUGGGAAGAACACCAUAGACAAGGUGCAGAAUCGCAUGAAGCGAGACAUCAAGGUCGUGAAGUCUCAGCACGUUGAGCUGGACUGUGCGUCCCAGCUGACCGAACGAGGCUUCAUCCAGGUGGCCCUCAAAUCUCACCACUCUCAGCAGGACAUCAAAUCCUCAGGGCCGCUCUACCUGUCCCGCAUCUUCUCCUACAAGCUUCUGGUGGAGAACAUCUACAGGAAUGGCUGUGAUGGGACAGUGUCCGUCCGCCUGCUCUCGCCACCCUGCACCCUCACCACUGGGAAAGUGCUGCUGUAUAAAGAGGCUAAUACAGCUGCAGAGCAAGCAGGUCCCUCUCAACUGGCCUUUAACUUCCUCAGCCAGGGCGAGAACGAGACAGAGUUUAACUGCUCCAACUUUGAUCUCGGCAGGAAUAAGUACUGUUUUCAUUUCGCACUCAUCUACAGCCAGUCACCCAGUUCAGCACAGACCUGCAUCAUUGUGCAGAGGAACGCUGUGGAGAACUGGGGCCCCUGGCAAACAUGGAGUGGGUGCAGCGUGACUUGUGGAGAAGGUGUUCGAGAGCGUGUGCGUGACUGUCUGCUGCCCUCUGGUGGUGGGAUGCAGUGCACAGGCAUGGUGAGAGAGCAGUCGCCCUGCUCCCUGGAGGACUGCGCUGAGGACCUGCCUCCCCCUUCCUUCCCACCUUCUCCCGCUGUGGACGUUCUGGGGGGAAAUAUGAUGGUGGUGGUCGGUAUCUCUCUGUGUCUGGCAGUCAUCCUGGUCACCAUCCUCAUUACAGUGUGGAGAAAACUGUGUCGUGCUCCAAAGUGCAGCUCAGUGCGGCGUGAAUCCAUGCAUUCUCCCGGUGGGCGUAAGAACUCGGAUGAGGCAUCUAUCUGUGGACAUAGCCUGCAGAGGCCCAGUUUCUCUGAAAGUCUGCAAGCAACUGGACCUCAGAAAGGUCUAACGUACCCCACAUCUGCGUCAGACAAGGGUGUACUGGCUUGUGAGCAGAGUCUCUCCUUGCCCUUGCCUUUGCCCUUGGCCCAGGACCCUGAGCGGAUGUCACCUUCUGGUCAGAAGAUUCUGCCUCCCAUUUUUGGCUAUCGUUUGGCCCAGCAGCAGCUCAAGGAAAUGAAGAAGAAGGGACUUAAAGAAGCUACUCAGGUCUAUCAUGUCUCCCAGAGUCCUAUUGAUGACACCAUGUUGGAGGCAACAGCCUCCACAUCUGCUGGUCUGACGCCAGUGCCUCAGGAAAUGGAAAGCCAGGAGGAACCCAAUAUUAGUCACUUCCACAAAUCCCCUUUUCCUGAGCCUAUAUGGCCUCACAAAACCUGUGCCACCCUGCCUGACCGGCUAAGCCCUAAGGUGGAUCUAAUACUGGGGACACCAAAGUCUGCUUUUAGUGCCAGGGAGCGGAGGCAGGAGCGCACCGCAGACUGGGUGGCAAUGGUGGAGCGCAGCCGACUAGAUUGCUCUAAGAAUCCAAACUUCAGGAGGACCUCCAGCUUUAACGAGAGCAACCUGCAGCAGCUGCCACAACCACGGCCCUUUAGGGAGCGGAGCAUGACCCAGGUUGCACCACGCCAGCUUCCAGAGGGCAGCUGCAGGACCAGAGCCUGGGAGCACCCCAUUCCAGAACUGGAGGACUGGUCUCGGCCCAAAUAUAGGAUACCAGACAGUUCAAGUGACCAAAGGCGGCGGCCAUGGGUGGGUACUCCACCUUCUCUCUCGAAAACCAAACCAUCAGUGCUUAAUUCAGGGACUUCAGGGACGCCAGUCCAAGAUCCCCUAAGUGACAGUCACGCAUUAGGCCGGGCACCGUCUUUUGGAAUGGAUCGAGCUGAAAGGGCGGAACAAAACUGGAGCAGGAGAGGCCCUUCACCCAUCCAGAGGAACAUGCUGGCCAGGAAGCUUCGAGAAGCCAACUCAGCAGCCAGCAGCCAGCGGCAAAGAAGUUCCACCUUCUCCAGCUACGAGCAGCGCAGAGGCCGGUGUCGAAGCCUUCCACUCUCUGGAGACUACAGUAACUCCUCCUAUGGCCUGACUGAGGCUGAGAAACGUAUGAUGGACAUCUCUGGAUACCUGGGAGAAGAGGAUGGGAUUGAGGUGAUGAGAGACCAUAGACUCACCUGAUUCUGUCUGUGACUGGGCAUAUCCAGUGUAUUCAGAUCAGGAACUCUGCAAACUGCUGAAGUGAACUCCCAUAGACUUAACUAUAGAGCUGGGCAUGAAAAAAAUCAUCAAAAUGGACAAAGUUGUUGACUGAUGUGGAGCUUAUAUUUUCCAUGGAUCACUUAUUUAUUUUUUUAAAGGUGUUUGAUUAAUUAUAAGUGGAGCAGAAGGUCACGUGGCCACACAGCAUCAGCAGACAUUCAGUGAUAUUCAGCUCAAUCAGUGGGAAAGAAAAAAAAGUGAGAUGUCCUUUAAACAAGCUGAUAAAAAAGUGGGCUGCACAUUAGGGGUGGGCGAUAUGGCAAAAAAAAAAAUACCAUGAUACUAAAAGACAUUUUCAAUACACAAUAUAAAUCACAACAUUUAGUUUUUCUGAGGUUUGAUAAGGUGGCACAGACAAAAAAGUGUAACAUACUGUGAAAUUACUAUGAAAACAGUUAAACAGGGCUAAUUAUGCUCUCUUUGUAAUGGAACAUAAAGCAGGACAGUGUUAUUCAAUACUGAUUAUAUGCUCAGAAAAGCAUAUUAUAAUAUGAUGUAAUCAUGAUAAUGGUAAAUACAGUAAUAUUGCCCACACCUGUUGCACAUUAUGCCUCUGAGUUUACAAGCUAGACAAUACUAUUGGAUUACUUAUCAAAUCUAAUGCUUGUUAUUAGUCAAUUUUGGGAGACAAUGAGUAGCAUAUACACACCACCUCAUGUGAAAAUGAUCGAUAAAUUAUGCAAAUCAUGUCACAUGGGAAAUUUUAAAUUCUUUUCAAUUUUUUUUUGUUAGUUGAUUUUGGUAUUUUAUUGCUAAAGCUUAUUAUUGCAAUCAACGAAGAAUAUUGAUAGGCGCGUUUUCCCUCAUUCUUACAAAAGUGGAUUAUAUCAUGCCUAGACACAUUCCAUUUAUGUCGGUCAUAAAAUGUGUAAGAUUCUCUACUAUUUCAAUUUUUUAGGAAAAAUGAAUAAUACCUCCCAAAAAAGAACCCAUCAUGGUUUGACUUAUGAGUUAUAUAAAUACUAACUAAUUAACACGGGGAUGAACAUGUUUACUUAUAUUUAUAAAUAUAAAAUUAUCUAUUUUCAUAACUUUUCUUCUUCUGAGUACAGAAGCAAAAAUGUCAUUUGGAUGUAAAAUAGAAUAUCAAACAGAUAUUUGAAAUGUGGGAACGUCUUUACACUGGAAAAUGUCUCAGCUAUGAACAAGUAAUGUAAUGUAUUGUGUGUAAUGUCAAUAAAUACUUGUUUUAGUUGUA